AUAUUUCGGGUUGGUUUUAUGAAUAAUCUUGAUACUAGUAUCUAGUAAUUUUAAACAUGAAAAAGAACUUCUAAAAUGGCAGAUACAAAAGAAAUUGAAGGAGACGCCCGGAACAGCAGAGUUGCUCUGUUUGACGGCAUUGAGGAGGGAGGCAUCCGAGCAUCAUCACUUUACUCCUCCUAUAAUGAAAUUGAUGAACAAGAUAACGAGCGAGUAAUGGGUGGAUUGCAAGAUAGAGUCAGUUUGUUGAAAAGAAUCUCAAGUGAUAUACACGAGGAGGUGGAUAGUCAUAACCGGAUGCUGGACCGCAUGGUUUGCAUAUAACUAU